CCACCACCUCCACCACCUCCUCCACCACCACCUCCACCACCACCUCCACCACCUCCACCACCUCCACCUCCACCACCACCUCCACCACCACCUCCACCUCCACCUCCACCACCUCCUCCACCACCACCUCCACCACCACCUCCACCACCACCACCACCUCCACCACCACCUCCACCUCCACCUCCACCACCUCCUCCACCACCACCUCCACCACCACCUCCACCACCACCACCACCUCCACCACCACCUCCACCACCACCACCACCACCUCCACCUCCACCACCACCACCACCUCCACCUCCACCACCACCUCCACCACCUCCUCCACCACCACCUCCACCACCACCUCCACCACCACCUCCACCUCCACCACCACCACCACCACCUCCACCUCCACCACCACCUCCACCACCUCCACCUCCACCUCCACCACCACCUCCACCUCCACCACCACCUCCACCUCCACCACCACCACCACCACCUGCACCACCACCACCACCACCUCCACCACCACCUCCACCUCCACCAGAACCACCACCUCCACCUCCACCACCACCUCCACCACCUCCACCACCACCUCCACCACCACCACCACCUCCACCACCACCUCCACCACCACCACCACCACCUCCACCUCCACCACCACCACCUCCACCUCCACCACCACCUCCACCACCUCCUCCACCACCACCUCCACCACCACCUCCACCACCACCUCCACCUCCACCACCACCACCACCACCUCCACCUCCACCACCACCUCCACCACCUCCACCUCCACCACCACCUCCACCUCCACCACCACCUCCACCUCCACCACCACCACCACCACCUGCACCACCACCACCACCACCUCCACCACCACCUCCACCUCCACCACCACCACCACCUCCACCUCCACCACCACCUCCACCACCACCUCCACCACCUCCACCACCACCUCCACCACCACCACCACCUCCACCACCACCUCCACCACCACCACCACCACCUCCACCUCCACCACCACCACCUCCACCUCCACCACCACCUCCACCACCUCCUCCACCACCACCUCCACCACCACCUCCACCACCACCACCACCUCCACCACCACCUCCACCACCACCACCACCACCUCCACCUCCACCACCACCACCUCCACCUCCACCACCACCUCCACCACCUCCUCCACCACCACCUCCACCACCACCUCCACCACCACCUCCACCACCACCUCCACCACCACCUCCACCACCACCACCACCUCCACCUCCACCAGCACCUCCACCUCCACCACCACCACCACCACCUCCACCACCACCACCUCCACCUCCACCACCACCUCCACCACCUCCUCCACCACCACCUCCACCACCACCUCCACCACCACCACCACCACCACCUCCACCUCCACCACCACCUCCACCACCACCACCACCACCACCUCCACCUCCACCACCACCUCCACCACCACCUCCACCUCCACCACCACCACCACCACCUCCACCUCCACCACCCCUAACAGGGCUGGCCUCUCCUCCAGCCCCCAGCUUCCUUCAUCCUUUGGAGAGGGUGGGGGGCCCUGAGGAUGGGCCAUUGGGGGUUACACUGUGGCUGCCAUGGGGCCAUACUGUGGGGAGUAGGUGCCGCCUGUACCAGCUGAGGCAGGGCGAGGGAGCCACCCAGGCAGAGGCGGCCCCCCUGGUGCAGCCCCAGGGCCACCGCCGGGUCCUCUGGGGGAAGCCAGUUCCCCAGCCUGGUGGCGGGAACCCCGACAGUUCUCUGGAUGGGGAUAAUGACGAGUGUGUGCGGCUGAGAGCUUGUGGGACCGGACGGGUCGUGUGCGGGUGUGGCCUGCAAAGAGCUCUCAGCCUCGUGACACCCAACAUUCCUUACUACUCCCUGGACCUGCCUUGGGCCUCACCGCUCCUGCUGUUUGCCAACCGCCGGGACGUGCGGCUGGUGGAUGCUGGUGGCGUCAAGCUGGAGUCCACCAUCGUGGUCAGCGGGCUGGAGGAUGCAGCCGCUGUGGACUUCCAGUUCUCCAAAGGAGCCGUGUACUGGACGGAUGUGAGCGAGGAAGCCAUCAAGCAGACGUUCCUGAACCAGACAGGCGCUGCCGUGCAGAAUGUCAUCAUCUCGGGCCUGGUCUCCCCUGACGGCCUGGCCUGCGACUGGGUCGGCAAGAAGCUGUACUGGACGGACUCGGAGACCAACCGCAUCGAGGUGGCCAACCUCAACGGGACAUCCCGAAAGGUGCUCUUCUGGCAGGACCUGGACCAGCCUCGGGCCAUCGCCCUGGACCCUGCCCACGGGGAGCAAUUGGGGACGGCAUGUCGGCUCACUGGGGGAUUUGUCCUUCCGAUACCUGGGGGUGGGAAGGUUCAGGGGAAGGCAGGCGGCCACCGAGCCUGCUGCGCGAGGGCCUUUGCUGAGCUGUGGCAGCGCCUGUGGGCCCUGGGCUGUCAGGAGAAGCUCACCAACACCCUUCGUCCUGGCAAAGGUGAGCAUCACAUGCUGGCCAAGUUCUGCUCCCAAGACGCCACAAGGCCUGUCCAGCUUCCAGCCACAUAG